GACAUGCAAACGUUGUUUUGUGUACGUUCGUACUCGCGAUCGAAUCAUCGCGAAUCACGCGCUACUUCAGAUGCAGAUGCGACGUGGACAAGUGAACAGGUAGAAACUUACUGUCUGAUAUUUCUCGCUUCGAGUGACCUGUUUAGUUCGUUGGCAUUUUGAGAAGUGUUUAGAAAUUGUUUAUUUCCUUGCUUAAAGCUAGGAAGUUCGUUUUUAGGAAAGAAAUCGGACAGACACAUUUAGAAUUCCGAUUUUCUUAUCGCGGUUUAUGAUGCUUGAAGCAGCUGACCGGAGUUUCGAAAUGACGCACGAAAUUGCGCAACAAGAAGAAGUGAAACAGUUCAUCUGCUCCGGGAAUCGGCGAGAAGAAUACAUCACCACGGCCACCACGAUCAAGAAGACCAUCAGCAUGACAAGCCCCGCAACCGAAGAGAAACUACUCGGAGUCACCGCUUCGCCAACGGUUCCCCUAGCCGCCACGGCCUGCAUUGCCGGCAACCACGGACUCCGCGAGACUCGGCCGGCGCGGAGGAGGCGACACCGCCGGGGGAGGACCCUCCACAGACACCGGCUGUCAAAGCACAGACGAGACCAGCGUGCACGGUGUUUGAAGCGAGUCAUAGGAGCACCCCGGAACAACAACGAAUUCCUGAUGAGCCAGUACGACGAAGGGUUGAUCCUUCAAGAAGCGCCCAUUUCCAAUCCCAAGCCAGUCCAUCAGUUUGACUCUGAGAAUGAGCGGUUGUUCUACACUUGCCUCACGUCAGCCUUAGUCACGGGAGGGACAGACGGCAACUUGACCUGCUCGUUUCUAACCCCAACAAGAGCUUCGCCAAGUAGCUGUGGAUCGAGCCCAUCCGACUACAGCAGUUUACCCAGCUCCCCGGAUGAGGACAGUGGUUGCCAUGGUUACAAAGACAUUUUCUUUGCAUCCUGCGGUUGCGAACAGCCAGAGAGAACCGACGAAGAAGAGACCGGGUGUGCGGGGGUUAUCAUGGAUGGAACGGAUGCAGAUUUCCUGCGGAGAAACUUUGAAGAGGAGUAUGCCAACAACAUCACAAGGGGACUGGAAGAGGCAUCGAAGGAGGAGCUCGUCUCAAAAUGCAUGGUGCUGAUGGAGAGACUAAGACAUCUAGAGCACGGCGAAGUUACGAGAAUUGCCAGGGAUCAUGUUCGGAGAAGUGAGCUCUUGCCGUGUUAAACUACACUCGCUUAAACGAGCUGCACUUCCGGCAAGAUAACAAAACGAACAAUGCCCCUCGCGGUAGUGGGCAAAACUGAGACAGUUAUGAAUAUUUUGUGCAAGUAUGUUCACCAAUGGCAAUAAACAUUCAUUAUCACCCUUUUAACAUGUUUUAAGUAGUAACAAGUUUUAAAGUGCCACGCAGGAAGUGGCUUAGAAUUCCAAUAAACAGCUUCUGUAGGAUCUUGUGCAUAAAUUUUACUAAAGUAAACAAAAGCCUCAAAAUCAUUGGCAAGUAAUUGCAUGUACAUGGCCAUGAACUGUACAUAACAAUCUUUGAAGAAUUUUGUUAAUGCGUGAAAUUGGAGGGGGGAAUUCAGUGAAGUUUCAAUUGGGAUUGACAUGUGUUUUUGAAGAAUCAUUUCUGAAAAUACAAAGUGUAUUUUGUGUUUGUUUUUCAAUGAAGUAUUUGGGACAAAAUUGAUUAAAGACAAUCAGAAGUGGCCACGUGCACACAAAUUUAAAGUGAGAUCUGUGUUCAAUUUCAUGGAGUCCCUAAGCAGAGAUCUCAGUAUUGCUCUGCCAAAAUAGGCUAAGGAUUGGUGAAGUGAACAUUUUUAGAUCAUCAGAUCUCGUGAUCUCCAUGAAAUUGGAUUCAGAUGAUAACAAAUUCAGAUCUAAUCUUACUUUAGGAUCUAUAACUUAAAUACUGUGAUUGUUGUGCAUGACCAUUAAACUUUCUGUCUGUAAAAACUGUGAUCAAUUUAUUCUCACAAUUUUGAGAAUUUUUCCUUACAGAGAGAGCUGUGGAGGCAUCUUGCCACUUGAGCCGGAGCAAGGGGUGUGGUAGCCAUGGCAACUAGAGCAUCUCCCAUCAGCCAUGCCUGGGACUGCUCAUUCGCCCUUUGACCUCUCCGGGUCACAAGGUCAGCUGGAUGAGGCAGAGUUCUAGGAUGGGACACCAACGUGCCGUGGACCAGUUGCUCCCAUCCCCUCGUGUGGUCGUAACACCUUGGACAUGUUGGUAACCUCAAACCCAACUUCUCAGUAUUACACUAACAUUUCACAUAAUUUUCCCCCGUGUCAUUCGAUGAGUUCAUAGCUGGCAUAUUUCAUUCCAAAUUUGGUGAACACAAGAGCAGUACAGAUUAUAUCGUGAUCAAAAUAUCAAAAUAAAAUUCAUUGAUACAGUUUAACAAGAACUGCAUGAACUUAUGCCUUUCCAAACAGGAAAAUGAAAGGAAAAGAUAAAAUAUUACUAAAGGAUCCAUUAGUAAUUUGGCAUCUACUGACUAGGUUUCCAACUUAGUUAAAAGUAAAAUGUAAUCAAAAUUCCCCAACUGAAAGUAGAGAAACUUGAGCCUUUCCUUAAGUUUGCUAUACAUGCACAUAAUGCUGCAAAAUAUAUGUGGUUGUCUUUAAUUGGGUUCAAACAUUCUUAACUUGGGUUUGUUAAAAACAAAGUUGACCACAAACUUUGCAAAAUGUUCUGUCAUCAGAAACCUGGUUCCACCCAAGUUUGACCUCCAACUUCAAACUUCCCAGCCCCCCCCCCCUUUGAAUAAAAAUUAACACUCAAUCAUCUUGUGCAUGUAUUCUUCAAUACUUUGAUAGAAACUUGAUAUGUGUAUUGAAUUAUAAAAUAUAUUUUGUUGAUGGGAACUAUUUUCUUUUGGCAACAGUUCAGCCUAUACAUGUACGAACUAUUUUGAGGCGUGCCUGUUCCACCUUUUGUUGUCAUUUGAAAGACCUCUGGGUUUCGUCAUAUUUGCAGCUGAACCAAAAGCUACUGGACCAUAAAAUUUGUUAACCAAAACGUGACGUCAGUAGUAAGUGUGUGGGCGACGCCAAAAUAUGGGUAUUAAUGGAAGUGUGAAGUUGGGCCGUCCUUGACCGCAAAAUGAGGUCAUUUUAAGGCGGGGUGAUAAUCAAAAGCUACAACCUCGAUUGUUUGCUCCUUUUUACUAACGAGCAUUGGUGAAAAGAGUAACUUUUAAUAGUUCAAGUUCCCAAGCACAUGUACAUGUGGAGAUUCAUUUUGCAAUAAAACAUUCAGUUUUGGUUUUCAUUGACAUGA